AUGUUCAAGGCACGUUCUGUUUUAGUUACUGGCAGUAAUAGAGGCAUUGGGCUUGAAUUCGUAAAACAACUGAUACAACUGCCCAAUCCACCAGAACAUGUGUUUGCGUGUUGUCGUUCGCCAGAGAAUGCAGUGGAAUUAAAGAAACUUUGCACUUUAAAUCCAUCAUUGAAUUUAGUGAAGCUUGAUUUGGAAGAUCAUGGAAGUAUAUCGGAAGCAGAGAAACAAGUAGAACAAGUGGUCGGCAAGAAUGGACUCAAUGUACUGAUCAACAAUGCUGGUUUCUGUGCAGGUACUCUUAAUGAGAAAUUGGAAGAUGUUACUCCAGACUCGAUGACUAAACACUUUAAUAUUAAUGUAAUUGGAACACUCAUGGUCACCAAGCGAUUCUUAAAACUAAUUCGCUAUGCAGAAAAGACGUUUGAUGGUGAUGAGAUGAGUGCACCACGUGCCGUCAUUGUAAAUGUAUCCACCGAGUUUGCCUCCAUGGAUGAGAAUAAACAAGCUGGGAUGUAUGGGUAUAGAGCCUCAAAGGUUGCAUUAAACAUGAUACAUACGAAUUUAACCAUAGAAUUGAAACCCGACACUAUAUUGUGUAUAUUGAUGCACCCUGGGUGGGUCAAAACUGACAUGGGUGGACCAGAUGCUUUGUUAACAACUGAAGAAAGUGUACGGUCAAUGCUGGAGGUCAUAGGGUCACGAAGACACGAACACAAUGGAUUAUUUUAUGACUACAAAGGGAAUCUGACACCUUGUUGCUGCUGGAGAAAACGAAAUCGCCACACCCGCACGAUUAACGGUGCCAUGAGAAAAAAUACCAAGGCCACGCCAAAUAUUUCCAAAUAUUUUCAUCGGAGACAAUGCAGUGUAGACACCAAAAAGGUUUUGAUAUUUGCGUUUGAUAUUGUUGAUUCGCUGCUAUCAGUACAUGUUGAAACAUUUGAAAUGAUAGACCAUGUGGGAAGUAUGACAAAUCGUCCUAUCCACAAACUGUAUUCACUUGAGGUGAAGACACCCACUCCUUCAGAUGAAGAGAGUCCACCACGAGACACAGAACCACUCUCGUUGUCACAUGGAGGUGAAAAUAGAGAUGACACAACGCAACAAAGUGAUACUGAUGCUAGACAUUCUCGCCCAAAACGACGGGCUGCCAUUGCGGCUAGACAUUUUAUACAAGAUCGUCUCAAGGACUUGUGA